ACUUUGUUCUCUGAGAUGGUCGCUCAGUUCAGACAAUCAGCUCAACAGAAAACCAGCAGCAGCAGCUCAGAGCAACAAGUGUCCAAACCAGGAGAAGUCCCCAAUUACGUCUGCACUGGAACCAAACUGAAGGCCCUGAAGUCCUGCCUGGUGUGUCUGGUCUCCUACUGUGAGACUCACAUGGAGCCUCAUUGGACCACGUCAGGUCUGAAAAGACAUCAGCUGGUCGAACCUGUGGAGAACCUGGAAGGCAGGAUGUGUACGGAGCACGAUAAACCUCUAGAGCUGUUCUGUAAGAGCGACCAGACAUGUGUCUGCAUGCUCUGCACUGUUUUAGACCACAAGACACAUGAUGUUGUUCCUCUUACAGAAGAAUGGGAAGGAAAGAAGGUAGAUCUGGGGAAGACAGAGGCUGAAAUUCAGCAGAUGAUCCAGAAGAGACGACUGAAGAUUCAGGAGCUCAAACACUCAGUGGACCUCAGUGAGGAAGAUGCAGACAGAGAGAUAGCAGAAGGUGUUCAGGUCUUCACUUCUCUGAAGGAGUCUGUUGAGAGAGGCCUGAAUGAGCUCAUCAACACCAUCAAAGAGAAGCAGAAAACAACAGAUAAACAGGCCGAAGCUUUCAUCAAAGAUCUGGAACAAGAAAUCUCUGAGCUGAUGAAGAGAAGCACUGAGGUGGAGCAGCUUUCACGCUCUGAAGACCACCUCCAUCUUCUCCAGGGGGUCCAGUCCUUUAACAUCCAACAACCUCCACCCACCGAGGAUUGGACAGAGGUCAGCGUCUGUCCAUCAUCAUAUGAGGGGACUGUGGUGAAAGCUGUGGUUCACCUGAAGGAGACACUCAGUACAGAGAUGAAGAAGCUGCUUGAAGCCGAGCUGAAGAGGGUCCAGCGGUAUGCAGUGGAUGUGACUCUUGAUCCUGAUACAGCACAUCCUGAACUCAUCCUGUCUGAUGAUGGGAAACAAGUGAAUCAUAGUGAUGUGAGGAAGAAUCUCCCAGACAACCCAGAGAGAUUUUCUGAUUGUGGUUGUGUUUUAGGAAAACAGAGUUUCUCUUCAGGCAGAUUUUACUUUGAGGUUCAAGUUAAAGGAAAGACUAAAUGGACUUUAGGAGUGGUCAGAGAGUCGAUCGACAGGAAGGGAACCAUCACACUGAGUCCUCAGACUGGUUACUGGAUGAUAUGGUUGAGAAAUGAAAAUGAGUACAAAGCUCUUGCUGGCCCUCCAGUCCGUCUCUCUCUGAAUUCUCCUCCUCAGAAGGUGGGGGUGUUUGUGGAUUAUGACGAGGGUCUGGUCUCCUUUUAUGACGUAGAUGCUGCAGCUCUUAUCUACUCCUUUCCUGGCUGCUCCUUCACUGAGAAGCUCUUCCCAUUCUUCAGUCCCUGUAAUAAUGCUGGUGGUAAAAACUCUGCCCCUCUGAUCAUCUCUCCUGUCAGAGUAAACUAAUCACUGAUCUCAUUUCAGGUAUUGAUUCAUUUUCAAUUAAGGGAACAAAUGUACAUAUUCAUAUAUUUUACAUCUUAUUUUCUACAGAAUCUGUUUCCUGUGGUUUAAAUAGAUAUCGUCUACAUAACGUGUGUCAUGAUGCAUCAAAUUAAUGUGUUGAUUAUGUCAUCAGAUACACAUUUCUUAGUAUUUGAUGUGCAGCCACAAAAAACAUAUUGCUGAAUAUUUCAUUGUGUCAUGAAGCUUCAUUUAAGAGUGAGGCCUAUUCCAUCCCAUAAUGUCUCCAGAACACAGUGUGUGUCCUUGUUAUACCGCGUAUAAAAAGUUAAUGGAU